AUGGAAGCAAUUCAAGAGAUGGAUGAUGUUGGAAAAGAUAGAAUCUGGACAGAGAACAACACCCGUAUUCCUAUAAAUCCAAUUCUCCAUAAAUUCUUCCUGGAACAAAAUCAGGCUCUUGGCGCCACGACCCUCUUUGAAACUCGCUCCGAAUUCUACAAAUUCUUCGAGGAAACGCAAAAAUCGAAUUCAGAAACCCCGGAAAUCAAGUUCGACGACGAAUUCAUGGCUGGAUUUCAUAAAUUUCUUGCUGAAAAUCGAAAUUCUGCAGGGGAAGAUGAACUGUUCCUUUGCUACACUUGCCAAGUGAUCUAUGCUGGUCUUAUUAAUGAUCCAGAUUUGGUGAAAGCGCUGAAGAGGAUUCGGAUCCGGACUGGACUCAAAGAUGGCCUUUUUUUGGAUUCUAAAGAUGUUCUGCACACUGAAAAAUCCUGCCAACUUUAUGAAAAGGACAAUUCUGAAAAAGAGGACAAGACUCCAGAAAGUGAAGACUCGGACAUCCAAAUCAUCGAAAUCAUCCAAGCAGCUCCUUCAAAUGCUAAAAAAUAUGGGAAAACCAAGACUCCAAGCCAAGAUUACUCAAUCGAAACCCAUCCGAUUUGCUCCACGUCCACCCGGAGCACUCUUCGACAAUUCGUGAUCAAGAGAAGCGCUUCACAAGUGACUUCAUCGGAAUCAGAGGCUCCAGAAUCACCGAUUCUUUAUAAUGCUAAAACUGAGCAAUUUUUGGCGAACAAACGGAUCCGGCUAGAGGCACAUGGACCACAGGAGUUUGCUCCAGAUUUCGCAUGCUUUGCAAAUGUUCAACAUUUUUGA